GUGCGCGCGACCGAGUUAACCGGAUGCCAACCGUGAUCCAACGAUAUCCAGUAGAAUGACCACGUUGGGCCCUGGUUAGAUCGGGUGAUUCGGGGCGGCGGGGAUGGUGCAGACGGCGGGGCGCGGUGAAAAGUGACGAUGGGCCCGCGCGAGGCGCGGCAGCCAGCGAAGACGUGGUGCGCGGCGUCGAUCGUUCGUUCGCUCGACGAUGCAGUGAUCGUGGUUCCCGUGGAGAAGUGAAAGGACGGGAGGUACGAUGCAUCACUCCGGCGGAACCGGUUACGGGACCGGUCCCCAGGAGAGGGUGCACCAGGCGCCGCGAGCAGCCGGCCAACCUGACAAGUGCCCGUACGAGACCUACCAGGCGCAGAUACCCGACUGCUGUGCGGCCGCAGCCGCGGUCCAGGACCCGUACCCACGCCCGCCCAGCGGAUAUGAUGGCAGGUGCUACGACGAGUGUCAUCGCAGGACCCCCUACCAGGAGGACGCCUAUCCUCAGGAUGUACCUCCAAGCUUCCAUCGGCCCCAGUCCAGGCUGGGAUACGAGGAGCGUCCCCAAUCUCGCGUGGGAUACACCUCGGAUUCCAGGUGCGCCAGCGGGCUCGGAUACGACGACACCGGUGGCGGAUACCUGGACCAGACCGAUCCCAGGAUGUAUUGCACCAGUGGUUACUGCAUGGGCGAUACAAUGAUGGCGGCGAGCAGGGGUGUCUGCGGGGAGGAGGUCGAGUUGGACAUGAGGAGGCACAUCCAGGCGUGUGCCUGCACCUGCAACCACAUGGGCUACGGGAACUACAUGGACUAUCAGACGACGUGCCUAACAGAACUGCCAGACGUGGCACCGUGCAACGGCACAGUGCGACUGCCACCACCGUGCGAGGAUUCGCCAAGCAGCGGUAGCAGCAAAGAUCGGAGGGAAGAGAGUCCUCGCAGGAGGUGCCGGGUAUUGGCGCCCAUCUUGCUCCUAGUCGCGGCUCUCCUCCUCGGGGGGCUUUGUCUACCAUUGCUUCUACAAUCCGCGCCUGUCACGCAUCAGCAGAGGCUGGACGUGAUCAGGAGGAUCCUCACUGAAGUGCCUCUGAUCGACGGGCACAACGAUUUGCCCUGGAACGUCAGAAAGUUCGUACACAAUCAACUCGGCGAGGUGAAUCUGAGCAGCGAUCUCGGAAGGGUUGAUCCUUGGGCCAGAUCAGACUGGAGUCACACGGACAUUCCUAGAUUACGAGCUGGCCUGGUCGGUGCACAGUUUUGGUCCGCCUACGUUCCAUGCGGUGCGGCACAGUUGAACGCUGUUCAACUUUCCUUGGAACAGAUCGACGUGAUCCGCCGCCUCGCCGAGAUGAAUGCUCAACAUUUAACUUUGGUUACCUCCGUAAAAGGUCUCAUCGAGGCUCAUCGAGAAGGGAAAAUCGCAAGUCUUAUAGGGGUGGAAGGUGGUCACUCCCUUGGAAAUUCCUUGGGUGUUCUCAGGACAUUUUACGGCCUGGGCGCGAGAUACCUUACCCUGACGCAUGCUUGCGACACUUCCUGGGCAGUCUGUUCAGUUGGCGAGACGAACAGUACCCAGGAUACGACGCCGGGCCUCAGUGAGUUUGGAAAGGCAGUUGUCAGGGAGCUAAACAGACUGGGAAUGCUAGUGGAUCUCUCUCAUGUCUCGACAAGGACUAUGAGGGCAGCCCUGCAAACGACGAGAGCGCCGGUGAUUUUCUCUCACAGUGCUGCCAGGGCACUCUGCAAUUCCACCAGAAAUGUGCCAGACGACGUGCUUAGAAAUCUGGCUAAAAAUGGCGGUGUGGCAAUGGUUCCAUUUUAUACAUACUUCAUAACGUGCAACAGUACAGCCACUAUAAAGGACGUUAUUGCGCACAUCAAUCACAUUCGAAAGGUGGCGGGGAUCGAUCACGUUGGAAUAGGAGCUGGCUUCGACGGGAUAAAUUUCACUCCUACCGGGUUGGAGGACGUUUCGAGGUAUCCUCAGUUGUUGGCAACACUGCUCGAGGACCCGACGUGGACCGAGGACGAUAUCAAGAAGUUGGCUGGCCUCAAUUUGCUGAGGGUGUUCGCCAAGGUCGAGCAGGUACGAGACGAGUGGCACAGAGCGGCAGUGUUGCCAGAGGAGAAGAUCAGUCCGCCGGACAACUCUGCCUGCGUCUACGGAGCGUCUUGAUCUUCUUUGAGAACGCUCGCAUCAGGAUUCCUCGAUUUUGUACGAUCGCCGAAGAUUCGACACGUCUCGUGGAACUAUAGGAGCCUGUAAACGUGAGGGAAUUGGAUCGGAUCGCCUCACCCCUCCCCCCCUGAUAACAUCUUUUCGAGUUUUCCUGGGGAUCUCGAUCGCGCCUUAUGAAGGAUGAAAAAUUGAGAAAGAACGUACACGAUCCAUCCUUGAAAACUGAUAAGAUCGAGGGCAUGUGCCGAACGAUCAUCUUCAGAGCAAGUUCAAUUUUCUCGCCGACGUUCCGCUCCCAUUCCGUUCAUAAAUUAUGCGAUUUCACAUUUCUGAUCAUUUUUCAGAAGCUGUAGAACUUUGUUAGCCAAUUCACCUCUGUGUAAUAUAUAUAUAUUUGCAACAACAUAUUAACCAUUUGUUUGCUGCUAUUUCAAUAGCUGGAUACGUCCGUCCAUGUUCUCACAGAAUUAUUAAGAAUCUUUUUUUUUUAACUUUCAUUUUUUCCUUAUUAUUAAUUGCGUUUAUAUAGAAAUCAGCUUGAUAUUUCUUGAUCAAAAUGUUUUUUGAUCGAGAAACUGAGUCUGUUUUAAUUUAUUUGAAUAUA